UCGAGACACUUUCUGAGUCCGAACAAUAUACAGUUCUCUGGAGAGCAUACCUCGGACAGCAGCUGAUAACAAAUGCUCUCGAUGCUGAAGCUCUCCGCUCGAAAUUAUUGUUCAUCUGUUUCUUCCCUUUAUAUCCCUCUUGUACUAAUGCUGUGAUAAUACAGGGAAAUAACACUACCUCCAGAUCAGGAGGAAGACGACAAAGAAUCUCGCCAGCUUGAAGCUGAUGUGCGAAAGGAGCUCGAAAGCGAUAGCUGUUCUGCCUGUUACCCACCAGAACUCAACGUCCCUGUGCGAAACCCGACGAAUGAAUACCGACCAAUAAUAGAGUACUGGCAAUCACUCUCAUCGACAGGCGAUGUGAUACUUUGUGCUCAAAGAGCAGACUGGUGGAAGUUUCGAGCGUUUCAGCAAAGUGUCCGCAACCAGUAUCAACACAGUUCGUUCAGCAUGUUUGUGGCUGGUGUUUGCGAACGUCGGCGGAGGCACGAACUCGGUAGUAGUUAUGUCCAAUUGCUGUUAAACCCGCAACAGCAGAGCCAGCAACAGACUUGGAUCGAGUUUCAGGACUACCAUCUUAUCCGCUAUGAGCAAUUUGCGAAGAAGCGAGACCGAUUGGUGGAGAAGUUGCAUAAAUGCCAGAAACAAGCCGGUGCUACGGAUUUGGAAGGUUCUGAACACACAGUUCGCAGCGAGGAAGCUAUUCAGGGACGCCUCGAGUUUGCCGAACGAACUCUGCGAUCGCACAGGGUCCUCCUGGGGUGGAUCGAGCAACAACGGCUUCGGAUGGAUUCAUGGCCUCUUCCCUCAGUAAGAGAGACUGACGAUCAGAGUGCUACAUUGAGAGCCAUACCGAGAGUCUCCUCUCGUCAGCGCCGGUCAAGGCAAUUCAGCACUUCUACGGUCCAAGGCAAGAUCAGAGUGUCGAAACCCACGCUGAAUACUUCAAACAUGCGGGCCAAGACGGUGAAAGCCUCGACACCCCAGCCUGUCAUUAUGGACUCUGACGUCACGGCCCCGGACUGCACUCAACAAAGACCGAAGCGUCAAGGGAUGAAGCCCCUGUGCCAAGAAGAAGCCACUCGGCUCCCUCGACCAACUUUGCCCGGAGAUAAGCAGACUCGAGGCCGAGUACAAGCUCAGCGCCAGUUGAUCCAACUGCGAUCACGAUCUGAAUUUGAUGCCUUUAAGACCCGAAGUGGAAGGAUAUCAAGGCCGCCAGUGAGAUGGUCUGUUGCGUGACAGCUGACAACUGCCUCACAAUAUCUAUAGGAAUGACAACUGGAUGGACAUCUCACAAAACGAGGAAAGGGGUCAAGGGAGUUCUCAACUAUGUAUUGAUACCAUUAAUAGGACUAUUAACCCUAUUAUCAGGCAACAUCAAAGGAAGCUCGGCAAUACUAUUAUCAUAUCUAAAUG